AGUACAAUGGUGUCAGGCCUGAGAGCGUUGGACGAGAUGCCAUUUUCGCGACCGUUUUGUUUGUCCAGUUCCACAAGUAAACAAAAGCGAUGAAAGGAAUCGGUAAAUGAGGUCAACACCGACAACACGUAGUACCACCGAAUUGAGAUACAAGAGCAUGCAACUAGACUCCACAAAUCCAGUUUUUCCCACUCUGGCAUGUGAUUGCUACUCGCUUUAAUGAUUUGAAAUCGCUUAAUAGUAGACCAACAUCCUAAAUUCGACCUUGGAAGUUACCACUGGCAUGACAAGCGUUCUACCACCCUUCGUACAGGCGGCAUCAGGCUCACUAGGAGCAGCGAGCGCCAAUGCGUUGACUUACCCUCUCGAUCUCAUUACCACUCGUAUACAGGCCACGGAUAAGGGUACAUCCAUACGCAAACAGAUUCAUACCUAUGGACUAUCGUCGUUAUACGACGGCAUUGGCGCAGACACCAGUGCUACCCUCCUUUCAAGCUUCCUGUAUUACUACGUAUAUUCCUUCCUGCGAGCAUUCGUCGUUCGCGGAAAUGGAAAAUCAAAGGCAGCCAUGUUAUCCCUCCCACAGGAGCUCGCAAUUGGCUACCUAUCAGGCAUCGCUAGCAGGUCCAUCACCACACCUCUCAAUCUCAUUACGGUGCGCUUGCAAACUGCUCGAGUAAGCGAUGAAGAUGCCUCUCAAGGAGGAACGUCGCGGUUCACGGCAAUUUGCAAACAAAUACUUCGGGAAGAGGGGUUACGGGGAUUCUGGAAAGGGUUCUCGUCUAAUUUUGUGCUUUCGCUCAAUCCCGCGGUCACGCUCUAUCUGUUCCAGCAGUACAGACGUGUCAUGCUGAAGGGGAAAGAACGUGCAUCUCCACCCCCAGGCCAUUCCUUCGUAGGGGGUGCGCUUGCAAAUUCCAUAGCCGUCAUUAUGUUAUACCCGCUGCUACUCGCAAAGACUGUUGUACAAGCUUCUCGUAGAUCUAAUUCAACCAAUGAUUCGUCACAGGGACCGUCAAUACGAUCAUCACUCCAAGGAAUAUAUACCGCUGGCGGAUUCUUCGCCUUAUACCGUGGUCUCGGGGCGCAGUUGUUCAAAGGCAUACUCAGGCAAGGAACGGCUAUGAUGGUGAAACAGAGGAUCGAGCAACUAGUCGUACAGGCCUAUCUCAGACAGAGAGCACUGCGUCGCAUCCAAUAUAAGGGCUAGAUAGGCGCACCCAAAAACUUUUGUUUAUUAUCUCAAGUGCACAAUAUGCUUUAAUGAAUGUAAGUAUUCCAAGAAGGGAGGGUGUAAGUAUGGUCCGAAAGUUCUCUGCUUAGAAAAGCUUAAAGAGACAUCCACUUGCUAAGCAGAGAGGGAAAGUAGGGGG